GAAUGCAAGUCAAACACUGCUAGGGUGCCUUUCUUCUCGUGGAUUGGCCCGCGCACACACGCACACACCUCCAUUUCAGUCCUUCAUUGCAUACGCCCAAUCCUUCACCCGGUUUGCUGCGUACUUCUGAUUCGCCCUCCUUUCUGUCAAGCUUACCUUCACAACCAUCAUAAUCAAUUCUUACGUUGAUUCUUAACUCUACUUACAUACAUCACAAUGGCUCCUCCUUCAGUUGGUAUCAACGGUUUCGGCCGUAUCGGUCGUAUCGUCUUCCGUAAUGCUAUCAAGCAUGACAAGGUAAACGUCGUUGCCAUCAAUGACCCUUUCAUUGACCUUGACUACAUGGUUUACAUGUUAAAGUACGAUUCCACUCACGGAAACUUUGACGGAGAAGUCAAAACUGAAGGUGGUAAAUUGAUCGUCAACGGAAAAUCAAUCCAAGUCUUUGGCGAACGUGACCCUGCUUCCAUUCCAUGGGGACAAAGCGGCGUUCAAUACGUCGUCGAAUCCACUGGUGUUUUCACAACAACUGACAAAGCAUCUGCUCACUUGAAGGGUGGUGCCAAGAAGGUCGUCAUCUCUGCUCCAUCUGCUGAUGCACCAAUGUACGUCGUCGGUGUCAACUUGGACGCUUACGACCCAAAAGCACCAGUCGUCUCAAACGCCAGUUGCACAACCAACUGCUUGGCUCCUUUGGCCAAGGUUAUCAACGACAAAUUCGGUAUCGUUGAAGGUUUGAUGACAACCUGUCACGCAACCACCGCAACACAAAAGACCGUCGAUGGUCCAAGUGCAAAGGACUGGCGUGGAGGCCGUACCGCUGGUGAUAACAUUAUCCCAUCCAGCACAGGUGCUGCCAAGGCUGUCGGUAAGGUCAUUCCUUCCCUCAACGGAAAAUUGACCGGUAUGGCUUUCCGUGUCCCAGUUUCCAACGUUUCCGUUGUUGAUUUGACAAUCCGUUUGGAGAAGGGCGCUUCAUACGAUGAAAUCAAGGCUGAAGUUAAGCGUGCCUCUGAAUCCCCUGAAUACAAGGGUGUUUUGGGUUACACUGAAGACGAAGUUGUCUCCAGCGAUUUGAACGGAAGCACCUACUCCAGCAUCUUCGAUGCCAAGGCCGGUAUCUCCCUCAACCCCAACUUUGUCAAAUUGGUUUCAUGGUACGACAACGAAACCGGUUACUCUAACCGUGUCUUGGACUUGAUCAGCUUCAUGUCCACCAAAGACUCCGCGUAGGUGAUUUCUUCUGCUCUUUUUUGAGAAGCGGCAAUUUAUGUGAGACAUACCAAAGCUGCAGGUUGU